AUGAAGACCGAGGAAUUAUCACAGCUAGCGACGAAUCUAGCUCCGCUAGACUUCAAAGCUAUCGAGCCACAUUUACUCGCUUUGGACAAGCAUCUUACCCUUCGUUCCUAUGUUGACGGGUACUCAAUCACGGAAUUGGACUCAAAAAUAUGGAUCACACUUCGAACAAACAGAGUUGCUGCUGCUUUCAUAAAGAAGGGGGCCUCUGUCAAUCUUAUCAGAUGGUAUCAAUUCAUUGAGCAAACACAUCCAGAAAUCCAAGAGGAGAUCAAGCUUAAGGAUGAGGCGGAGAAGGCAAAGAAGACAGCUGCUAGCAAGGCGGGAGCAAGCUACAACAUAGCUUUACCUAAUACUGAGAAAGGAGUUGUGACUAGAUUUCCACCAGAGCCAUCUGGAUAUCUUCAUAUUGGACACGCAAAAGCCGCACUUCUCAAUGAUUAUUUCGCACACGAGCUCUACAAAGGCACACUUCUCCUGCGAUUCGACGACACGAACCCUUCGAAAGAAAAACAAGAAUUCCAAGAUUCAAUUAUCGAGGAUUUGGCACUUAUGGGUGUCAAGCCGGAUAAGAAGAGCCAUACUAGUGAUUACUUUGAGGAGUUAUAUCAAUAUGGUCUGAAAAUUAUCAAACAGGGCGACGCUUAUGCAGAUGACACAGAUCAACAGACUAUGAGAGAACAGCGAAUGGAUGGUAUUGCGAGUAAGAACAGAGACAAGAGUGUUGAGGAGAAUCUCGCCAUAUUUGAGGAGAUGAAGAAUGGCACGGAAGCAGGAAAGAAAUUCUGUAUCCGAGCAAAGAUGUCUGUGGACAACCCAAAUAAGGCAAUGCGCGAUCCUGUCAUCUACAGAUGCCCCAAUGACGAUCCCGAGACCGGCGGGCCAUUACCUCAUCACCGCACUGGAACUACAUGGAAGAUGUAUCCUACCUACGAUUUCGCAUGCCCAAUUGUGGAUUCACUCGAAGGAGUUACACACGCAUUGAGAACAACGGAAUACAACGACAGAAACCCCCAAUAUCAAUGGUUCAUCACCAAGUUAAACCUCACUCCAGUGCAUAUGUGGGAGUUUGCUCGUAUGAACUUCGUUCGCGUCUUCCUCUCAAAACGUAAAUUGGCCAAGAUGGUUGAUGCUGGAAGAGUUUGGGGCUGGGAUGAUCCUCGUAUGCCAACAAUCCGUGGUGUUCGACGAAGAGGUAUGACCAUUCCUGCUUUGAGAGAUUUUAUCUUGAAGCAGGGACCAAGUCGAAAUAUUGUAACCAUGGACUGGACCAAUUUCUGGGCUUCAAACAAGAAGGAGAUCGACCCAAUUGCGCCAAGGCAUACAGGUGUUGACAUCAAGGAUCAGGUAAAGGCUGUUGUCACAAAUGGUCCUGAGACACCAUAUACCGAAGACAAGCCUAAGCAUGGCAAAAACCCGCAGGUUGGCAUGAAGAAAGUUACCUACAGCAAGAAUCUCAUUCUUGACCAAGAGGAUGUCAAGCUGUUUAAGGAAGGCGAAGAAAUUACUCUCAUGAACUGGGGUAAUGCAUUUGUACGCAAAAUUAAUGGCUCUGGCCCAAUCACAGAUAUUGAGCUGGAGUUGCACUUAGAGGGUGAUGUUAAGAAAACCGAAAAGAAAGUCACUUGGUUAUCCUCUGACCAAACUCUCAUUCCAGCUGAAGUUUACGAGUUCGACUACAUGAUCACCAAAGAUAAAUUGGAGGAAGAUGACAAUUGGGAGGAUUUCCUUACCCCGGAUUCUGCCCAUAAGACGGACCAAUUAUGUGACAGCAACGUGGCUGAUCUCAAGGAGGAUGACAUUAUUCAAUUGGAGAGAAAGGGAUAUUUCAGGGUUGACAAAGCGGCUAAGGAUGGAAAGCCAGCGGUGAUGUUUGGUAUCCCUACUGGAAAAUCGAAAUGA